UAUCAUCACAAAGACUUUCGCAAAACGUCGUAUGCGCUUAUCACCCGUGCAGUCAACACAGUUCCCGCCUGCUUGCUGCUGUGGGAAUUUUCAAAAGCAGAUGCUUCUGCGUUUGCGCACAAGAUUUCAUGCCCUGCACACUGCAUCAGUCUCCAUUUGCAUCUCUUCCUCGUUCUUGAGACUGUCUCGUGUGUGGUGGUGGUCUUGAGCGUCGGCUACCAUGAGUUUGAAGUUCGUCCCAGGGCGGACCACAGCCGUCGAUGUCGACAGCCUCGAUGAGCUGAGCGCACUUCGGUCGGCCAGUUACUACAACGCCACCCGCAACUCUGCAGCCCAGGCUGCAUCGUCGUCGUCCACGGCCGCGGCAAACGGCACUGCUGCUGCCAACAACACCAGCAGCGCCCCUCAGGAUGUCAAGACGACAUCGUUCUCUGCCGACAAGUCAGGUGCAGCGGAGAAGCCCCAGCCGGCUAGUUCCGCCAAGCCCGUCCCAAAGGCUGCCCAGCUGGACGAAGAAGCUGAGGCCAAAGUCAUGCAGAUCAAGAUGUAUCAGCAUCAGCCGUCUCUGGAGGAGAUCUUCUCCGAGUAUGAGACCUCUACUGUUGGCAUCAGUUCUGCCGAGGCAAAGCACAGGCUCGAGCGCGAUGGCCCCAACAUCCUCAAGCCACAUAAGGCAACGCCAGAGUGGGUGAAGUUCCUCAAGCAGAUGGUCGGUGGCUUCUCCUCCCUGCUGUGGAUUGGCUCCAUUCUCUGUUUCAUCGCCUACGGUAUCCAGUCUUCCGAGGGCAACCCGGCUCCAGACAACCUUUUCCUUGGCGUCGUCCUCUCUGGCGUCGUCGUCAUCACCGGUGUCUUCUCCUACUUCCAGGAGAGCAAGUCGUCCUCUGUGGUGAAGAAGUUCUCCAAGCUAGUGCCGCAGAAAUGCAACGUGUGGCGUGAUGGAAAGCUCAUGACGGAUGUUGACGCUGCGACGCUUGUUGUGGGCGACGUUGUCGACAUCAAGUACGGCAACAAGGUCCCCGCUGAUAUCCGCAUUCUCGAGGCGUCCAACCUGAAGGUGGACAACUCGUCUCUAACUGGUGAGUCCGAGCCCCAGAAGCGUAGCCCUGAGUGCACGCAUGAGGACUUCCGUGAGACGCAGAACCUCGCCUUCUUCACCACCGAUAUCCUGGUCGGCUCCGGCAAGGGUCUUGUUGUUGCCACGGGCGAUAACACCUACAUUGGCCGCAUCAAGCAGCUCGUCGCUGAGACGGACAAUGACGAGACGCCCAUUGCCAAGGAGAUCCAUCACUUCAUCAUGCUCAUCACCUCCGUCGCCGUUGUUCUUGGCGUGACCUUCUUCAUCCUGGCCUUUGUUUUUGGCUACUUCUGGCUGGACGCCGUCAUCUUCCUCAUUGGCAUCAUCGUCGCCAACGUGCCCGAGGGUCUCCUGGCCACGGUGACGGUGUCACUCACGCUGACGGCGCUGCGCAUGGCGGACAAGAACGUGCUUGUGAAGCAGCUGGAGUCUGUCGAGACGCUCGGCUCCACCUCCACCAUCUGCUCUGACAAGACCGGUACGCUGACCCAGAACAAGAUGACCGUGGCGCACGUGUUCUACGACGGCGAGAUCAAGAACCUUGGCGUGCUCGAGCGCGACAUCACCUUCAAGCCCGAGGACCCGUCCUUCCGCGCCCUGUGGGUCAUUGGCCAGCUCUGCAACACCGCCACCUUUGUCUACGACGAGGACUCCACCAAGGAUAUGCCCUUCCAGCAGCGCAAGACGAACGGUGAUGCGUCCGAGUCUGCCAUCCUCAAGUUCUGCGAUGCUGUUGGUGCUGAGAACACUUCCAAGGGCUACGAGGAGAGCCCUGCUUACCGCGAGAAGAACACCAAGGUGCUCAACAUCCCCUUCAACUCGAGCAACAAGUUUGCUGGUUCCGUGCACAAGACCGCCGAUGGCCGCGAGGACGGCAAGCUGCUGUUUGUCAUGAAGGGCGCACCCGAGCGCAUCAUUGCCCGCUGCAGCAAGAUGCUCAUUGACGGCAAGGAGGUUCCCUUCACGGACGACCUGCGCAAGAAAUACGAUCUCGGCUAUGAGGAUCUGGGCCGCAACGGCGAGCGCGUGCUCGGCUUUGCCCACACCUACCUGCCCAAGGACAAGUACCCUCAGGACUUUGAGUUUGAGGCUGAGGAGCCGUUCAACGGUCUGCUUGACCUGCACGACAUGACCUUUGUUGGUCUGAUGGCCCUGAUUGACCCGCCCCGCGAGGCCGUCCCCAGCGCCGUCGCCAACUGCCAGAGCGCCGGUAUCCAGGUCAUCAUGGUCACCGGCGACCACCCCAUCACCGCCAAGGCCAUUGCCCGCUCCGUGAACAUCAUCACGUACGACACUGCUGAGGAUCUUGCUGAGCAGCGUGGUCUCACCCAGCGCGGCGGCACCAAGUUUGAGGAGCUUGACAAGCACACCCAGCAGAAGCUCCACGAUGAGGCCAGGGCCCAGGUUGUGACCGGCAGCGAACUGCGUGAUAUGUCUGAGAAGGACCUUGAUCGCGUGCUGCAGCACGAGCAGAUUGUCUUUGCCCGUACCUCCCCCGAGCAGAAGCUGCAGAUUGUGCAGGGUUGCCAGCGCCGUGGUGAUGUUGUUGCCGUGACUGGCGACGGUGUGAACGACUCUCCUGCUCUCCGCGCCGCCGAUAUUGGUGUUGCCAUGGGCAUUGCCGGUUCCGAUGUGUCCAAGGGCGCUGCGGAUAUGAUUCUGAUGGACGAUGACUUUUCGUCCAUUGUAAAGGGUGUUGAGGAAGGCCGCCUCAUCUUCGACAACCUGAAGAAGUCCAUUGCCUACACCCUCACCUCCAACAUCCCGGAGAUCUCGCCCUUCCUCAUCUUCAUCCUGGUGCAGGUGCCGCUUCCGCUCAGCACCAUCAUGAUCCUGGCCAUUGACCUUGGUACGGAUCUGUACCCGGCCAUCUCCCUGGCGUACGAGCGCGCUGAGGACGACAUCAUGGACCGUCCACCACGUGACGCCAAGUCUGACAGGCUCGUCACGGGCCGUCUGCUGCAGAUGACCUACCUGCAGAUUGGCGUGAUCCAGGCCCUUGCCGGCUUCUUCUGCUACUUUGUCGUCAUGGGCGACUUUGGCUUCCUGCCUUCUCGCCUGCCCGGUCUCCGAGACAGCUGGGACGACGAGGACGUGGAGCAGCUCCGUGAUUCUUACGGCAACGAAUGGACGUACAACGACCGCAAGGAUGUUGAGCGCGCUGCGCAGACCUCCUACUUUGUGUCUAUUGUCAUUGUGCAGUGGGCUGAUCUCAUCAUCUGCAAGACCCGCAUGAACACUGUCUUCAAGCAGGGCAUGAGGAAUCGCAACCUGAACUUCUCGCUUGUCUUUGAGACGUGUCUUGCGCUCUUCUUGACGUACACCCCCGGCAUGAGCUCUGUGUUCCAGACGAGCCCACUUGAGUGGCAGCACUUUGGCUUCCCCGCCGUCUCCUUCAGCCUCCUCAUCUUCGUGUACGACGAGACCCGCCGCUACCUCAUGCGCCGCUACCGCCGCAACAACAACAACGAGCCAGGCUGGAUCCAGCGCGAGACGUACUGGUAGCCAACACGUCCACGACACGAGCAUGACAACAGAGGCAGUGACACGACGUCGCUGCAGUUUGUUGUCUGCUGGUACCCGUUUGCUCCGACGUGUGUCAAGCACGACCGAGCAACACUGUUCCAUGUAACGUAUGUAGUUUUGUUGCUUCUUUCCCCCUUUCUUCAAUCACCUCCGACAGCUCAGCUCAGCACAGCACACACCCAUUCAUCGGUUCGUGUGCACGUCUGAGAUUGUUUGCGUUGUUGUACUGUUGUCUCAUGUUGUCUAUGUUGUCAUUGUUGUGUUGUUUUUAUUUCUGUGUUGGGUCUGUUUCCCAGCGCGUGCGUCACUGCAUGUCUGACAACAGACGCUCCAUAUCCAACCCAAUAUACACACCCCCGUGACCAAA